AUGGACGUGGCUGAAGAACCGAAUGCCACUCUGGAGAGUGGAUCGAAUCUCCAAACCGUUCCUGAGAACGAGAUGAUAGAGGACACUGAGAUGGAUGCCAAUGAGCCCGAGGAGGUCAAGAUGAAGCAACAGCUCGACCAGCAGAAGAGCAGAGCACAAGAGCCCCAACGUCAACUGCUCCGACUCCACAAGCCUCAAGGAGACAGCACCAUUCAGGUGGACGAGGCUACUGGGGGCACAUGGCCUUUUGGUCCGGCAAGAACAACGCCAUCGAGGCCAAUGCCAUAUCCCUUUGUGGAAGCUCCUCAGCCAUUGCCACGACCUCCAGGGUCCACGUACUUCUUCGAAGCCCUUGAUCGCGACGAGGCAGUCCGCUGGUGGAAGAACAAGGUCUAUGACCGAUGGGAGCCCAUUGCCACAUCCAAGCAGACCUUUGCCUGCAAAGAAGCAUGUGCCAUCUUUGUGACCUCCUCCAAACGCUUCUUCAUCACCAAGAAGAAAGAAAGCCCUGGGGAAGUGGUUUUCAAGGACCUGCCUGAGAGGUACAAGAAGCUCUUCCGGAAAAGUCGCGACAAGGAAAUCGAGAGUCUCCUCAAGUCUGGCGCCAUCAAGAUCCUCAGCCUCAAGGACUCCCGGGAAUUUUUGCAGAAGUUCCCUGAGUAUGUUCUCACGUCGAGAUAUGUGGAUCGAUGGAAGCCAACAGGAUCCUUCUCGGUUCUUCCGGAGAAUUGGGACCCCAACCAUUACGUGGAUGGGGGUGACAACAUGGCUGAGCCAAAGAGUAGGUGGUGCGUGGUGGGGUGGAAAGACCCCCAUGUACAUGAGAUCGAAAGAGCUGCGCCUACUCCUUUGACUUCCUCUUUAUACUUGUUCUUCCAGCUUUCCGCGUGCAGAAGAUGGCAAGGGCAUGCUCGAGAUGCCAAAACAGCCUUCUUGCAGGCCCGGCCGACUACAAGGCAACAGAAGCUGGCGUGCAAAAUGCCCGCGGACGAGUGCUUUCCCCAGUACCACCCGGACCAGUUGAUCCUUCUCCUGACAGAGGUCUAUGGGUUGGUCUCCGGUCCAGCUUGGUGGAGACGGUCACUACUGGAGAUCUUAGUCAAGGAGCUGGGCUACCGAGUCAAUCCUUACGACCGCUGCAUCCUCACCCUGGAUGAUGUAGAGGGCGACCCCGAGAACACCAUGGUGGCCUACGGAGAGACAUAUCAGAAAACCAAGGGCAUCAUUGUCAUCGAGGUCGACGACAUCCUUGAAGCGGGUGAGGCGGACCAUCGCAAAAAGAUGGAGUGGCUCGAGAGCAAACUGCGCUUUGGCAAGAUUGUCAAUCUCAUGGAAGCCAAGGAGGGCACUGGCUAUGCGGGUCGUAGAGUGCGGCAGCUUGCCGACUUCUCCUUCACCUACUCGAUGGACGACUAUGUGCGGGACAGGCUGAAGUUCAUCAAGCUUGAGAAGAAAGUUCUCAAGAAGGACGCUGCGACCCAGAAGUUGACUGCCGACGAAGAGCAGCAGCUGCGUGGGGCCCUGGCCUCCCUUAACUGGACAGUGCGGGAAGGGAGACCAGAUGCUUCGGCUGCCGCAAGCAUUUACGCCGCCUCCUUCCCUGGACCCACCGUCGCCAACGCCUUGGCAGUGAACAACGUCAUCGGUAACUUGAAGGAGCACAAGGUCAGCCUCAAGAUCCAUGCUCUUCAAGAAGAAGAAGUGCGUCAUCUGCUUAUCGCCGAUUCAUCCUUUGAUCCGAGUGGUAAAACCAAACCACAACACGGCUUCAUCCAGGCGAUGACGACUCCUUCUUUGAAUGCUGGGGCCAAAGCUCCAGUUUCUUGGAUUUCGUGGACCUCAAAAAGGCUACGCAGAAAGGCUGGUAACACUCUCCUCUGCGAAAGUAUUGCCAUGAGUAGUGCCCUUGGCGCGAUGGAAAAGCAAGUCGCUCUCUGGCGGAGCAUCACAAGAAGCCAUUUCAAGCCAAGCUCAUCAAUGGUAUCCCAUGAAGUUGACCUAGGCUUACGUGGCCCUGGCACAGUCAUCGCCAGUGAAGCAGAGUCCUACCGCGACCCGCUGACGGUGGCGCUGACAGAUGCAAAGAGCCUCUUCGACGGCGCCAACCCCGAGCAGGCCCAAGGCGAGGAUGCAAGAUCAUCACUGGAAAUUGCGGUGAUCCAGGAGAGUUUGGCGCAGUGCCGAGGCCGCCUAAGGUGGAUUCCGCACAACCGGAAUCCGAGUGACGCGCUGACCAAGGUUGAGAACGCGCACUGUGAGCCGCUGUUGCACAUGAUGAGCUCGAAUCAUCUUCAAAUCGAAGAAGAAGCAGAGAUCAUCGCACGGGAGAAGCAAGGUGAGCACCGGCGGAAGACAAAGAAUGUCUGA